CUUCAUGCGAAUUUUGAGGGGUCUGUUUCAUUGUGCAGGCCCCUGAGAUUUGUAGCUUAUCACUUAGAGACAGGAAUCCGAUAACCAAAAACAAAUUCAACGAAUCUUGAAUCCAUUGUACGUUUUUGUCAUUGAUUAAUCCAAUGCCCCUGAGAUUUGUAGCUUAUCACUUAGAGACAGGAAUCCGAUAACCAAAAACAAAUUCAACGAAUCUUGAAUCCAUUGUACGUUUUUGUCAUUGAUUAAUCCAAUGCCCCUGAGAUUUGUAGCUUAUCACUUAGAGACAGGAAUCCGAUAACCAAAAACAAAUUCAACGAAUCCUGAAUCCAUUGUACGUUUUUGUCAUUGAUUAAUCCAAUGUUUUACUAUACUUAUAACAUUAGGGAAAGAUCUUACGUACAAUAGAAGAAAAAGGAAGAUAUAAACAAUGGUUCAUCAAGUGGAAUUCAUGGAUGUAGCAGACUCUGAUUUUCUUGGUCAUAACAGAGAACUUGAUGAUGAUGACUCAGAAUUCGAGACUGUGUUUGAGAAAUAUUUUGUAUUUUCUGCUGCCAAGAACCGCAUCUUUGCCCGGAAAUUGCCUCUUCAUGUUGUCCUAGGUUCUGGAAUUGUUGCUGAUAUUAUACUGUGGAGAAAGAAGAGGAUCACAGCAAGUAUUCUAUCUGCUGUAACUGUCAUAUGGUUUAUUUUUAAGAGGAUGGAAUACACCUUGCUUAGUUUCAUUUGUGACUCUCUCGUAAUCCUAUUGGCAAUGCUAUUCCUUUGGACUCAUCUAACUUCCUUCAUUGACAUACCUCCGCCUAAAUUAUCAGCACUCGUCUUACCAGAAGGGUUUCUUGUUAAGACAGCUAUUUCGAUGACAAGAAAACUUAACAGACAACUCAUAACAUUUGGACUCCUAGCUUCGGGACAAAAUUUCAAGAAGUUUCUUUGGGUUACAUGGACAUUAGGAGUUGUUUCCGUUCUAGGCAAUUGGUUCGCUACUUCAACAAUCUUCUACAUAGCAACUGUGACAUUGUUGACAGUGCCAGCAGUGUAUGAAAGAAACCAAGAAAUUAUAGAUAUCAUUUCUGAGAAGGCGCUGAUUGAAUUAAACAAUCGAUACGCAGAGUUGAGGAAGAAGAUUUUUGGGAAGACCCGACACUUGCAAGAUUGCCAUCUAGAAUAGAGAUACCACAAGUUCUAUAUGGUGUGGAUUCAAAUUAAUACACCAUGGCGAUGUUGCUACACGGUUCUACCUCAAACCUGUGUUCACCAAAAAGGAUGCAAGAAUGUAGAAA